GAUCAAGUUCCACAUCACUUCACAACUCAUCACCAUCAUCCAACUCAAUCCAACCGAAACUCAAUCAAGACAUCAUUAUGAAACAAUCAAACUCAAUGCUUCUGGGAAGCUUCUUUUUCACCCUUAUUGGGUUGAAUGCAGUCAUGGCUGGAUUAGAAGAUGCUAAACAUUCUGUUAAACUCGAUCAUGCUAAUUUUGAUGCUCAAAUUCAAAAUCCUGAAGUUGGAACAUUGGUGGCAUUCUUUGCCCCGUGGUGUGGUCAUUGCAAGAGUCUGUUAGGCACAUGGGACACAAUUGCACAAACGUUUGCAUCUGAUUCAAAAUGUCGAGUUGGUCAUCUUGAUGCCAAUGAAGCUAGCAAUAGAGACUUGGCUACCCGAUUCUCCGUAUCUGGAUUUCCUACUAUUAAGUUUUUAUACAAAGACACCAGUAAAGCUGCUCUAGACUAUCAAGGCCCACGUACACCUGAGGCUUUCAUCAAGUUCCUCAAUGAAAACUGUGGAACACAUCGAGCAUCUGGUGGUCUUCUUCUUCCAGAAGCCGGUCGAGUAGCCGGUUUAGAUACCUUGGUUGCCGAAUUUGUUGGACUUCCUGUUUCCGGUCACGCCUCUUUGAUUAAAAAAGCUACCGAACUGGCUUCAAGUGCCAAUGAGACCUUGGCUAAUUAUUAUGUUAAAGUGAUGAACAAGAUUGGUACUGAUGAAAGUUGGGUGACCAAGGAAGCUUCUCGACUCAAGAAAUUAGCAGAGAAGAGUGCCACUAUGUCUAGUGCUAAAUUUGAAGAACUUCAAAUUAAACAAAACAUUCUUCAAGUGUUCAUUUCUGCUAAAGAAAAACUUUCGGAAGCUGCUGGUAGUGUUAAAGAAGGAGCACAGAAAACUGCUGAGACGGUUAAGGAAACAGCAGAACAAGUGAUUGAUAAAGUUACUGGUGAAUUGUGAUGUGGGAAUUGACAAUUAUGUUAGAUCGUAAAAGUAUAGCUAUUAGGAUUUGAAAGAAAAAUAAAUUCUUUUUAGCUGUUUCUGGCA